CACUUGUCUCAUUUCGCCUCAAGAACUCCACUUUGCUUGGCUGCUCAAACGUUGGCAGUUGAUCGAUCGAUUCUAUACUCAGUUCGUCCUUAUUUUUUGGCCCCCUUUUUCUUGAAUAUUCUAGCCAUCCGUACGUUUGGUGUCAAACGAUUCUCCGAACUUGAGAAACACAACACUUUCUACGACAAAGUUAUGGAGCUACUGUUAAGCCAUCGACCUUCCCUUCACGACAUCCACAACCAGCCGGUUGGCAAGUGUUCCCUAUCGCCAGCAAAGCUACCGGAUCGUGCACUGUGUACAUCGUCUCAACACUCGUCAGCCGGUUUAUCCCCAGACUCCUCUUUGGAUUCGUCCUACGAUUUUUCAUGUUUCGGCCUGCCCAGCAUGGACGCAGGGGAACUUGUGGCUACUGGCAGUCCUUGUGUUCUCGUUUCGCCAUUGCCCAAACACUGGCGCUCCAACAAAACGUUACCCAAUGCUUUUCGUGUGGUCAUCUUGGGGGGUGUUGAUGACGGAACGUUGGUCACCAUCCGAGCUGGUAACGACGAAAACUGGAGCUCGGAAUUGCGCAACUCGGUCGCUCAAGUCAAAAAUAACGUGGCGAAAUUCAACGAUCUUCGUUUUGUUGGCAGAUCUGGAAGAGGUAAAAGUUUUACGUUGACAAUCACAGUCUGCUCGACUCCGCCUCUGGUGGCAACUUACAACAAAGCCAUCAAAGUAACAGUGGACGGCCCCCGAGAGCCUCGCAGUAAAACUCGUCAUCAAUUGCAAGGCCUCGUAUUAGGGCCACACCAUCACCGACCUUUUCUUCCAUCAGCCUUCCCUCUUCCCCACGAUGCUCAUCUUGUUCUUCGAGGUCAAGAUCCGCUGACCUUACGAUUGCCUUCUUCGUAUCAAGGUUACUCUUCUGGUUAUGACACUGGACUAAACGUAGCUACCGAAGAACCUGCCUGGCCCUCCAACUACAUGAGCUCUCGCUACCCAAAGCUGGCAUUCAACGACAUUCUUACAGGCCCUUCAGCAGCCCAGGAAUCAAGUGCGUACGGAAAGAGAGACAGUCGGAUGAAUCCAUUCGGUCUCUUGCUACCCACCGAUGUAGGACACAUGGCCAAACCGUUCCCUCCGCUUCCAUUUGCCGACCGCACACCGAUGAGCAUUCAACAAUUGCUGAAAAAGGCCGACGACAUGACCAACUCUAAUAACCUUUUGCUUAGCAUUAACGCCACCCACUUUUCUGAAUCGCUCCUCUACCAUGGUGCCUCUGCUAAAAAUAAUGACGUUGAUGAGUCCGCAGAGAAAUCGAGCGCCACUUCGUUGUUAACCUUCCCAGCAGAAACGACUUCCACUUCGACGGGCCCUAAAUUGAAUGGUCGUAGUAAUCAAUCUGCGUCGGUAUGGCGACCUUACUAAGUGCACAUGCCUUUUCCGCGAAGAUUUCUGUUUUUUUUUUUAAUUUUUUAAACUUGAAUUUGCGGGUUUGCCCAUCGCCUUUGUACAUACUAGUCCGAUAUUUUAUGUGUCACCAAUUAUGCGUUAUUAAAAAUAAAAUACACUUUCUUUUAUUCUCGCAUA